UUUCAAACUAACGGUCGCGUACAAUCGUACAAUUCUCGCGUCUCCUCCAUUUUGAAAAGAAAUUGUGUUUGAAACAAUCAUUAAGAUGGACAAAAGAAGGCUGAGUAGGCCAAGCGGGGAGCAGAAAAGGCUCCUCGUAAAUUUCAUGGAGGAGCACCUGAAAUUUGCGAGGAGCCAAGAAACUGACAGCAUGAAAGUGCGAAAUAUGUGGAGGCACCUUAUGCGCACCCUGAAUGCCAGUGGGGGUGCAAACAAGGGCACGAAGCAGUGGCAAAGGUGUUGGAGUGAUUGGAAAUCGGCCGUCAAAACAAAGGCCACUAAACUGUCAAGAAAUCUACAACAAACAGGGGGUGCCGAAGGCGAUAGUUUACAGGAACUGUCCGAAAUCGAAAGACGAGUGCUGCAAAUUAUCGGCGGAGGCUUCAGUAGGGAUGGGAGAACGAAAGAACUCCCCGUCAUCCAGAUUUCACAACCAGUUGCAAGUCCCGACCCGGCUCCUGAAGACUUUCCUGACAGUGAGAGUGAGGAUUAUCUUGUAGAAAUUCCACCAUUGGGUCCUCUACCCUUACCACAACCGUCCACCAGCCAGGCUACCACGAACGGUGCGACCCCACCUCGCGGGAUAAAACGGCGGGCCCUUCGUUAUUCUCAAGGCCACGAAAAUAAUUUUUCGAAGCUCCUUCGAGAAAAACAAAGGGCCAAUGACCUUCUCGAGAGACAAGCUGCAGCCCUCGAAAGGCAAGCUACGGCUACCGAGCAAUUGGUGGAUGUAAUGGAGCGUGUAUUUGGUGUCUUGGGCGAAUUUGUAGACAGAAUGAAUUAAAUUUAAUCUACCUCCUGU